GCGGCNAGAUUAUCUGAUACAUACAAGCGCGCAUUGUGUGUUGAUCUUUUUUCUCGUUUACAGUUAAAGUUACAUCUUUAUCAUUUUCUUUCAGGAGGGUUCAUUGAUAAAACCUACUCAGCCUCCGCGUUUCUGUUGUAUUUUAUUUCUUCAAGGGAAUGGAAAUGGAAUCUGGGAAGCUGUUCAUUGGUGGGAUUUCUUGGGACACCAGUGAAGAGCGUCUGAGGGAGUAUUUUCAGACCUUUGGUGAGAUUGUUGAAGCUGUGAUAAUGAGGGACACUACAGGCAGGGCCCGUGGUUUUGGUUUCAUUGUUUUUGCAAAUGCUUCUGAUGCUGAGAGAGUCGUCAGGGAAAAGCAUGUCAUAGAUGGCAGAACUGUGGAGGCAAAGAAGGCUGUUCCUAGGGAUGAUCAUCAAAAUUUCAACAGAGGCUCUGCCCGCACGAAGAAAAUCUUUGUCGGGGGCUUGGCCUCCACUGUGACAGAGACCGACUUCAAACGGCACUUUGACCAAUUCGGGGCAAUUACUGAUGUGGUGGUGAUGUACGACCAUAACACACAAAGGUCCAGAGGUUUCGGGUUCAUCACUUACGACUCGGAGGAAGCUGUGGAUAAGGUUCUGUUAAAAAACUUUCACGAACUUAAUGGAAAAUUGGUUGAGGUCAAGCCUGCCGUCCCCAAGGAGCUGUCUAAUGGCCCCACUCGAAGCCUGUCGAGUGGAGGUGGCUUCAAUGGCUAUGGUGGACCUCUGAAUAGGGUGAGCAGUUUCAAUGGAUAUGGCUCUAACUCCCCCAUGAGGAUGGAAGGUCGAUUUAGUCCUGUGACUGUGGACCGGAGAGGAUAUCCAUCUUACAGUCCGUGCAUUGGGCUGAAUUUGGAUUUGGGCUUUGGCCUGAACUAUGGGCCUGACCAGGAUUCUGCUUUGGGCUAUGGACGCAGUGUUAACUCUUCUUACUACAGCGGGAAUACAAAUCGUUUCGGCAGUGGGCCCAUCGGGCAUGAUGUGGCGGGCGUUACUAGAAAUGGGCCGUUUGUGAAUAACACGAAUCGGAGUCUGUGGAGCAGUGAUGGAGGUCUUAAUUAUGGUUCAAAUAAUGUGAAUUCAAAUGCCGGAUUAUUUGGCAGUUUUAGAAAUAUCAGGAAAAUUGACAGUUUUGGUGGGAGGGCAAAUGAGUUAGGUGGAAAAAAUGGAGGCACGAAAUCUUCAUAUGCUGUCGGGAAAAAUAUUCACAGUGACGGUUUCGGGAGUUUAUAUGGGAGCAAGUCAUUUUACACGGAUCACUGUUGGGAUUCAUCUCCUCACGAGCUCGAGGGCUGUUUUGGUGAUGGACGUGGUGCAAAUGGGGACAUGACACCUAACAACUCGGUUGGUUUUGCUGGGGGUUACAAUGUUAAUGCUAGACCUAACGGAGGAAUUGCAGCUUAGGACAUAAAAGCUUUAUGGGAUACGUAACGCAUAGUAGGCGAUAUAUGCAAGUGGAAUCAAAAUGGAGGACCAUGAUUAAGAAAUUGAUCUUUGGUGGAGAUAUUGAGCUUAGAUGUACAUUCCAGUGCCCGUUCGAGAGAAAGUCAUUAGUUACGAAAAGAUUUUUAUGUGUGGAGGUUUGAAAUCUUGCUUUUCUACGUAAGGUUUGAUUUGAAUUUGAGAUGUGUGAAUUGGGUUUGCAAGAUAUACUCAGAGAAAAGUAUAGUAUCAUUCAUCUUUUUGUUUUACCUGUUGAGGCAUAUGAGGGCCCUUUAUUCUUUUUGUGUAGGAUUUUUAUUUGUUUCUUUUCUUGAUGUAAGUGCAGUGAAAUCACCUAACAAUGCCUUUUAUUGUCUUGGAUGAGUCAUGCCACAUUUAUUUACCGAGGCAUUCUGUUCAGGGUUCCCUUUUUUCUUCUUCAUUACUUGGUACUGUGAUUUUUGGUGUGAGUUGUUUUUCAAGCUGUGCAUUG